AUGCCACUCAGAAUAUUCCGCUUCCGCGAAGAAAACACGGCGCUUUAUGCCUAUACGUUUGGACUUGGCCUAGUCGGCAUCCCGUUUGCCGUGUUUGGCACAUAUGUGGUGUAUCAGGUCCAGGUGACAGGCUUCACCAUUGGCAGCGAUGGCAACGGUGGGUCAUGCCUCGACUUCUGUCUCGUGCCUUUGGGCAGCCAACUGGUUGAUCUCAACUCUGUCCUCCUCUACCUGAAUGCCAUUGGCUUCGCGGUUGGAGGCGCAUGUGCUGUUCUUGUGACUGCAUAUGCCGACUUCUGGAAGAAUAAGGCCCUGCUGGUGUCCAUCAUGGCUAUUUUAUACGGAGCAGUAUGCACGCCAGUCCACUGGCUGCGGGUUUCAACCGCUUCCGACUUCGACGCCUUGUUGGCGCUUUACGUCGUCUUCGCCGUCCUCAGCUACACCAUAAUCGUGGGGUUCAACAUAUUCAUACCGCACUGUAUGCGGACCGCCGAGGAGAACGCUCGAAUAAUCGCACCAGUUGAUCGGGAUACUACAUGCAAUGGGGGGGCGAUGAAUGACCAGAGUUUUGGCAAGAUAUUGCCUGAACCCACAAUAUCCGCGCCGUCUCCUGCUCCCUGGAAGACACUGUCAACAGCACGGUGGCACGGCUUCAAAAUGUCCAUCAUGGGGGAUAUCGCAGUGUCAGCCGGCGGCAUCCUUUCUCUCGUCGUUGUCAUAAUUCUCGCACGGACUUUGCCGACUACGGCUGCUCAGACUGCCGGUCUGCUUGUGACCACAAUCGUCGGGUUCGUCACCAUCGCAGGAUCGGUCGUGUUGUACCUAGGGCUGCCACAAGUCGCGGCCAAGCCCCCAAAGCAUGGCAAGGCAUUAUGGCUAGAGCUCGUUGUGCCCUUGAAGGACUUGCUCGCCCGCAAGAACAUGGCGAUUCUGCUUCUCUCCUACACAAUCUACGUCGAUACCACGUUUGCCCUUAGGUCGGUGACCUCGCAGCUGUACUUUGUCGAGAUCCUUCCAGAUACGCUGGAAUACUCGAUGUACUCGUUGGCGGGCAAUUUGAUGUCUCUACUAGCACAGUGGCUAUUUUUCGGCGUACAGUCGUGGCGGCCGGUCCUUCGUCUGGAAGCAUGGCUGAUUGUCGGCUAUGCCCUGGCGCUCGUAAUCCCGAUCUGGGGCUGCAUCGGACUUUCCGAGUCAGUAGGAUUUGGCUUCAAGCAUCGCUGGGAAUUCUACGUUCAAAACCUCAUUUUGGUCGUUUCUGGUGCCAUUGUCAACUCCUCGUUUCGGGUACUUUACUCUGAGCUAAUGCCAAAGGGAAACGAGGUGCAAUGGUUCGGAUUGCAGGUUGUCCUCUCGUGCGCUACCGCCUGGGUUAGCUAUGUCGCCAACGCACCUAUUCAGAACGCGACACACCAACUCCGAUUUCCUCUGAUUCUGUGCCUGUUGAUCCUAGUCAUCCCCGUCGUACUCGAGGCUGCAAGGUCACAAAUGGCUAUAUUCGCUCGUGAUAAGUCGAGGUGGCAGGAACACGAUGCUGGGCAAAACCAAGAGCAGGUCAUUGCUGCAUGA